CUUGAUAAAUCCAGCCACAGACGAUUCUGAGCUUCUUUGUCAAAUGCUGUCAGAUCCUCCUUGAACCUCAGGUUGUUCUUCUUUAAAUAGUCAUUUUUCUUUGCACUUUUCCAUGUCAUGUCCCUCACUGUCCUGGAGAUGAAUCUCAUGAUCACUGGUCGUGGUGGCUGGUUGUUUUCCCCAUCUCUCAGCCUACCCAGGCGGUGCACUACAUCCAGAGAACCUGCAACAACAUUUCGCUCCUCCUAUUGCCCUGCAAAUGUCUUGCUUUGAUGUUCUCGUCAAAUUUUUCUGCUAUUCCAUAAAUUCGAAGAUUCCAUCUCCGACUAUACCGGUCAUUCUCGUUUACCUUUUGACUCCAUUUCACCGUGAGGAUGCGGACGAUGUUGUCCUGUAGCUGGCUCAUUGAUGGUUCACUUCUCAGCUUCUUUGGAAGUUGCUCCUUGGUUGGGGUAUUCGGUGUUACAGAUUCACAUUACCGAGCAUGUCUCAACCCGUACCGCGCUUUUAUCUGCCUAAAGGUAUCUUCACGCACGACUGUACAGGCCUUUUGGAUACGCUUGUUCAAGGCCCAAGACAUAAAGUCUCCUGAAAGCUGUGUAGUAAUCAUUCCAUUGCUGACCCAUAGGAUGGUAAUCACAUACAUGAUUGGCUUCAUCUAGAAUCAUGGAUACCUUUCAUGUGAGUACUCACACACAAUAUUUUUUUUACAUACCUCAGAAGGAAGAUACCUCAAUAUCUGGAAGCACUGUCUCGUGUACAAUUGCUAAUGCUAUCUCUGAAAUGUCUAACAAAAUGUUGACUUGAUCGUUUCAUCAAGACCUUCUCAUCAACAUUGGGACAAUGCAGCUAUAAAUAACAUGGACCAAUAUUUUCAUGGAGUGAGCAAGACCUGCCAGCAGAGCUCACUGGAGCAGGGAGACAUGCCGUCAUCCUUUUGGCGCCUGACAAAAUGUCCGACUUAGAUAUGUUGAGCAUCCUGCUAUGAUGUCCAUUACCAAGCCGGAACACUCCGAGGCCAACCCUCAGUGCCAGACUGGCAGCCGGCCGGUGGCUGAGCCCGAGACCACUGCUGUUCACAAUAACAGUGGAGGCUGGCUCAGCUGGGUCUUUGGGAGUGGAAGAGUUAAUAAGAAGGAGGUUCAUCUACCUGAGGACAAAGACAGAUCUAUUGUCUGGGAUCCAACUCUGCACAGAUGGGUUAACAAAACUGAGCCCAAUGCUGAGAACAAGUGUGUACAACCACCUCCACGAAUGGGGACAUAUGGAUAUCAGGAGAACACUGGCAGUGUCCCCAAAGGACAGGUCUAUGGGGCAGCAGAUACCCUACAAUGCAUUACAAUGAUGAGACCAACUCAAAGCCUUGGGCCUGGACUGCUUCCUAGACAGCUCUCUGGCUUGCUCCCUCCUUCACACUUUGACCUCAUGGCACCAAUGGUUGUACCACCUGACACUCUACCCUACUGAGGUAACCUGCUGUUCCUGGCUGUGGUCAGCCAUUUUGGGGCGAAGCUGCACCGGCCCAGGCUCAUUGCUAUGGGCUGUUUCCUCAUGGCUGUAGGAUCCUUCCUCACAGGCCUGCCACACUUCUUCAUGGGACGGGCUAUCAGGAGAGCUACCCAGUCCCAGAGGGCCAUCGUGGCUUCAUCAGUGAUGCCAGACUUCUGCAGAUGCAGAGAGCUGAGAGAGAGACCAUGGAAGCAAAGCAAAGAAAGAUAAGUGCUAUCCAUGAGAAUUAUGUCCGGACUGCUCUCAUCGGGGUUGGCAGCACCUUCGCGCACCUCUUCGUCCCCUCUAUUCAGUGCAUUCCGCGGCCGAAAGCUCCACCGAGGCCUUUGCCACGAAGGCUUGAGCACAUAGCUCUGGCCCCACUGAAGAACGUGGUGGGGGUGGACGGAGCCCAAGUUCGCCCCGGAUCUCACUCUCUGGAGUCCAUCCAGGUAAAUAAGUCAUUCAGCAGCAGUAGCGUGUGGCCUGUUCCCGUCCCUCCCACUGGAGCUCCCUCCAAGAGGGGCAAGAAGAAGAAGGGCAGGCAGGGAGUCAAAGCCCUGAAAGUCCAGUCGGAUCAGGGCUGUGCUGACAACAACGGACCCAUUGACCUGAUGGAGGAGGUGAGGGACAUCGAGCCUCACCUGAAGGAGGAGGCCUGGAAGGUGGUACAUGAGGUGAAGGCCAUGGGCAGGAGGAGUUUGGGCUCGGCCAUGUCCAUGGGGGAAAUAGCCACCAGCUCUCUGGGAAGCCUGAGCUCAGUGGAUAUGAACACCCCUGCGGAGCUCCGUGACUACUUGGAUGUUGGGACCCCGGUCAAGUUGCGUGACAGCCCACCCAGGCCUGCUCCCCCUCCUACCAAGCCCAGGAGCAAACAGCCUCGGCCUAUAAGGUUCCUUAGCCUGCCAAAGGCUGCCACCGGCUCAGACAAUAAGGCAGCCAGUGAGCCAAAGGGCCAAAUAAAGAACCAGGCCAGAUUGCAGCCCCUGUCCAACCCAGAGCAGGCCCUGACUAAGACCUUCAAGCUGCUCCACUCUCCCUCUGAUGACUGGGAGAAGAAGAUCGAGGGCUUGACCUCUCUCCGUGUGAUGGCUCAGAACCACAUGGACAUACUGAUGCCUAAACUCCAUGAUAUCUGCCUUGCCAUUAUAAAUGAGGUGAAGAACCUGCGCUCUGCAGUGUCUUGUGCUGCCAUGGCCACACUGGGUGACAUGUACGUGCACCUCCAGAGGGCCAUGGACAGUGAGGUGGAGGGGACGGCACGCGUGCUGCUGCACAAAGCCAGCGAGGCCAACGCCUUCAUCCGGCAGGGCGCCAACUUUGCCCUGGGUCACAUGGUGCAGAGCUGCACCCCUACACGUGUCAUGAAUGCCCUGCUGGUCGGUGGGCUGAGCCACCGUAACGCUGCGGUGAGGAGCUGCACUGCUCAGCACCUGGAGAGACUGGCUGAGGUCAUGGGGACGGCUUGUCUCCUGUCGGGGAAGAAAGACCUCACUGACCGUUUCUUGAUUGCCGUCAGUAAACUGGCUGUGGACCCUUCACAGGAAGUCAGGUUGUUUUGCCUAUUGAUGGCAGCUGUGGGCAUACAAGCACAACAGACACCUUCUAUAAGUAUGCAUUUUGUACCUUGCAAAUUUAAGCACUAAGCGUUUGACAAGAAUUUAAA